AUGGACACCACUUUCUUUAUAGGAUGGGAGCUGUGGGAACAAAUGACCUUUGUCCUCGCCUGCAGUAUCAUAAUCGUUUUCAUACUUGGCCUAGGGAAGCUCUGGUGGACAAAUCGGCUGAUCCAGAGGUUGGAGUUGGAGGAUGCAGAGAAGAAAGCCCGACAAUUCGAUAUUCAGCACUGUGGGAUCGACUACUUAAGGGCCGAUGAUAUACCAUUUGGAGUCCGUGCAAUUCAACGCGGAAUCGAAGUCGAGGGCAUCUGGAUCUCACAGGCCAACACACCCGACCUCAGUCAAGUUGCUUCGUCGGCCACACUCAUCGGUGAUCCAACAGAUCAAACAGAGGGACCCAAAUAUAAAAGCUCACUUCCCGACUUGGACAUUACUAUUCAUAGCGACACAACCCUCGGACCUGGCUACAACCGAAAUGGCAACUUUGGUGAUGGUCAUCUGGACUGCCGUUCACCAAGGCAGUCUUACAGGUGCCCGAGACAUGAACCUGUGAAACAGCUCUGCGUUGGUCUCCAAAGCAUAGCAACUGCUCCGAAUUCACCAUCUGUGCCAAGAGUAGCUAGCUACGUUCCUCGAGGGGCACGUGGUGAUCUGAUACCGGCGUAUGAGGAGCAAGUUGUUACUAGGAACCUCAAGGAGCGAGGCGGUCCUAUUAGGGACCAAAAUGAGAUCAGGAACACCAAGUACUAUCAAGAAUAA